AUGUUUCAGACACAAUUCCAAUUCAGAACUUUUGUUCGUGUAAAGUUGCAGUCAGAAAUCCAAAUCAACUUCCAUAAAGAAAAAUAUUUUGUAACAACAAAAAUAUUUUGAAAAAAUGUAAUAUCAAGCGAACAUGAAUUCGGUUAUCUUCAGUGUUAGCCCAAAAAAGAUGACGUUCUAUGCGCCCUACGAUCGCACGCAAAGACGUUUAAUCACCGUUAUGAAUCCCACCGAUAACAGGCUGUUCUUCAAGAUACGGUCGAAUGCGCCAUGUGAAUAUAAUGCUAGUCCAAACUGUGGAUGCAUUGAGCCCUAUGACUUCGUUGAGAUCAAUAUCAGUCUCCACUCUUUUAAUUUCCAUAAGGAUCUGGAUUACAGCCAUCGGUUCUCUGUUCAAUGCAUUCGAUCGCCGCCAGCAGAACAAAGUCUCAACCAAUCUAUUCGGAGCAUUUUUAAACAAAUGCAUCGCUCGGAAAUAAAAAGCGUACCAGUGCCCGUUGACUUGCUGCCGGAUCCCAUACUCUUAUCACAGGAUGAACUGGACAACCUGUUGCAGCACAAUGUGCAAAACAGGCAAUGGAAAUCGCGACUAAUGUGUAUCGACUAUAUUAAUACUUUGGACCAACUGCCAAUGCCCCAUAAACAAAAGAAACGAUGCAAAUGGACCCGCUUUCUAAUGUCAUUGCUCAUCAUCAUAUCUUGUCUGGCAGGUGCUUAUGUGCACCGCCUGCAUAUUGAGGACGAUUUACAUAUGCAUAUUAAAAUGGAUAAUAUUCAGUUCUAGCUGAUACAGGAAAACAACUCAAUGAAUCACUCCAAUUGACACAAACCUAAUUUACAUUUAAAUUUGUUGUUGUUCAUAUCAAAUACUCAAUAAACAACCAUUGUAAUUCUUGA